AUGAGGAGUUGCAGAACGGAUGAGUCCAGAGGAGUCAGUUGUUGUGUGUACGGCACACUGGCAGUAGUAAACAGUAUCGAUGAAGUUCCGAUGCGCAAUUCGCCGAUUUCUGAGGGUGUUGAGAGCCCGACGCUGCUAGGUAGAAAUUCCCCAGCGCUAAGUUCCCCGCCCCACAGCCCCCCACCGAGCUCCCCGUGGAGCUCCCCCCGGGGCUCGCCGACGUGGGGCACACCGGUGUUGGAACGUGUGGUCCAUGCCGAGCCGAUAGCCACCCUGCCGGAGCCGAAUUUCGGGAUUUGGCGGGGCUCCGAGGCUGCCCACGGGUCUGAAAGUUUCCAACCUAUAAGCUUCGAAACUGAGGGUCUCGAGCAAGACCGGACCAGCAUUGGACAGGCCAGCAUUGGACAGGCCAGCAUUGGACAGGCCAGCAGUGUGGAGAGUAACGCAGACACCUUCGAGAACAGGUUAUUAGACGCGGUGGACGAGUACAAUAACUUAUGUCUGGAGGUAAUAGCUGUCGCAAUGGUGAACCAGACUAGCCCUUAUCCGUCGGCGAGGAAAGGUACGACAUUAGUACCACUGACCGAAGCAGUUGAGACGGCGGGGCCUCUGCAGCGGCUCGCGGUCAAAAUUUUGUUUCUGCAAGAUGCCACUGGCAACGAAAGUUACGACGGACGAGAUGCGCUCACCGUGGAACAGACCGACGAAAUCCUGGACUUGGCGCUCAAAGAAAGAGAUCGCUUGGACCUGGCGGAAAGAGAAAGAAUCCGCUUGGCUGCGAUAGCGGAAGAGCAGAGUGUUCGAUUGACAGCGCAAGAGCAGAGUGUUGAGUACGAGAAUGUUCCGAACGAGCGUGUUACGAGCGAUAGUUUUCGAAGUGGUGGUUCUCAGAGCGAUAGUUUUCGGACGGAAAGUUUUCGAAGCGACAGAAACCACCAGAGUGUUCGGAUAACGCAGCAAGACCUUCAGCUCAAGGACACACGUUUGACAGAGGGGGACACACGUUUGACAGAGGAGGACACACGUUUGACAGAGGAGGACACACGUUUGACAGAGGACGAGCAGUUGAACCCAAGAAGGACCCUGAGCAUCAUCUCCGGCGAUGUAGUGAGACCAGGCCAGAGUGGUGGCCGGGCGGGUGCAAGUCGGGCGGGUUCUGGAGCGACCGUCACCCUCCCAGUGUCUGCACCCCUAGCGACUCUCAUGGCGGCUGGGAAGAAUGAAGCGGUAACGGUGCGAGCAAACUUCAACAUUGACGACCUGGCUUCCGCCAUCCUGGUACACUUUGGCUUUGAGGUCCCGGAAGGACUACAUCCAGGCCAAUACAUAGAACAAAUCUUACAGGCCGGUCGGCAAAAGACCAUUAGCCCUCAAACCAUUCGACAAAAAAAUGCCAUUUCUCUGGAACCGAAUUUUCAGGUACCGAAUUCUCAGGAACCGAAUUCUCAGGAACCGACUCAACUUCUUAGCGAAAAAUCCCUGGACGCCGAGUAA